GAGGAAGAGAAGAGGAGAACCGCGUGAAGCGAGCUCUCAAAAUCAAUCGUGUUCUUAACGUGACCCCAUUGUUUCUCAAACACGAUCAUCAAGAAUAAACAUUAAUUUUGAGAAGACAAAAAACAGAGAGAGCAAAAAAAAAAAGUAAAACCAAACAUAAUGUUGUGUUCCAGAUCUAAACUAGUGUUGUGUAUUCUUUCUUCGCUUCUUCUUGUCGCCACUGCAACAUCGUUUACUGGGUUUGGUAAGAAGGAAGAAGAAGGAGGUGUAGAAGAAUGGACCAGGACAACAACAAGUGUAAUAGAAAGAGUUAUUGCAGAGGAAACUGGAGGAAACUCAUCUUUGAUUUUGGCUGCAAAGAGAACCAAAAGAAAAGAUCCUCAAGAUGAUUUCAAGCUUUACACUGGUGGAUGGAAUAUUAGCAAUUCUCAUUAUUGGACUUCUGUUGGUUAUACGGCAGCGCCUUUCAUUAUAAUCGCAUUAGUGUGGUUUGUGUUCUUCGGGCUAUCGUUGUCUCUGAUUUGCCUUUGUUAUUGCUGCUGUGCCCGUCAACCUUACGGCUAUUCUCGAAUUGCUUACGCUCUGUCCCUUAUCCUCCUCAUAUUGUUCACAAUUGCAGCAAUAAUAGGAUGUGUUUUCCUUUACACGGGUCAAGGGAAAUUUCAUGCUAGCACAACCGAUACUUUGGACUAUGUGGUGAGUCAGGCAAACCUCACGUCAGAAAACCUUAGGAAUGUGUCAGAUUAUCUCAACGCUGCUAAGAAGGUGGACGUGCAGUCCUCCAUUCUGCCAAAGGAUGUUCUUGCGAGCAUUGAUAACAUACAGGGAAAGAUUAACUCCUCCGCCACAACUCUUUCUGUCAAAACAAUGGAGAACCAAGACAAGAUUCAAAAUGUCUUAGACAACAUGAGACUUGCGCUCGUCAUCAUCGCUGCCGUGAUGCUUUUCCUUGCAUUUAUUGGAUUUCUUCUCUCUAUCUUUGGACUGCAGUGCCUUGUGUACACGUUGGUGAUUCUUGGUUGGAUUCUCGUCACGGGUACCUUCAUCUUGUGUGGUGGAUUUCUGCUUCUACACAACGUUGUAGGGGAUACAUGUGUUGCCAUGGACCAAUGGGUCCAACACCCAACAGCUCACACGGCUCUAGACGAUAUUCUACCAUGUGUUGAUAAUGCAACCGCGAGAGAAACAUUGACUCGGACUAAGCUUGUGACAUACCAGUUGGUCAACCUUCUUGACACUGCCAUCAGCAACAUGGCCAACAGGAACUUGCCACCUCAACUUCGGCCCUUGUAUUACAACCAGUCGGGUCCUCUAAUGCCCCUUCUCUGUAACCCCUUCAACGCUGAUCUGUCAGACAAACAGUGCCAGCCUGGUGAGGUCCAUCUGAACAAUGCUACUGAGGUGUGGAAGAACUUCACUUGCCAAAUUGUAACACCGGGAACAUGCAGCACACAGGGACGUUUGACUCCUAAGCUUUACAACCAGAUGGCUGCAGCAGUUAAUGUAAGCUAUGGUCUAUACCGGUAUGGUCCGUUCUUGGCAGACCUGCAAGGGUGUGACUUCGUGAGGUCUACAUUCACUGAUAUAGAGAGGGAUCAUUGCCCUGGACUGAAGAGAUACACAAAGUGGAUCUAUGUGGGUCUUGUAUUGGUGUCUGCAGGCGUAAUGUUGUCUUUGGUGUUUUGGGUUUUAUAUGCGCGGGAGAGGAGGCACCGGGUUUAUACAAAAGACUACAAUGCCAUGCACUCUGAAGAUCCACGAAGCAAGGGCCAUUGAGAUAUUAUCUUCUUUUGCGGGUUCGCAGUGUACAUUAUGUGUGACAGUUUGGUGAUCUUAUGUGUAGUAACUGAUGGGAGGAAUCUUUGAUUGUCAUUGUUGUCAUUAAUACUUUUUUUUAUAUUGCUUUGUGGUACUACAAGAUUGCUUUCUGUUUUUUUUUUUACCUAAGAUCGUACAGAUCUGUAGUGUUAUUUAUUUAACCAACACUUCUCUUGUGUUUAAAGACCAUUUCCUGGCGA